CCUGAAACACAUUUUUGAGGGUCAAGACUUGGUUUUAGGCUUCAGGUUAAAAUUAGAUUUAGGUUAGGGGUAGGGUAUGGGGCAAGGAAAUGCAUAAUUUCAGUGAGUGUCCUCAUAAAGAUAGAAGUACACGUGCAUGCGUGCGUGUGUGUCGCAUGCGCAGUCCCGCCGCGCAGAGCGCACGGCUCUGCUGCUCCAGGAGAGUUGAUCAGUGUCCUGACUGAUAGGCUCCAACUGAUGGCUGGAUGAUCGAUGACUGAUCAAUCACUCCACCCCUCCCUCUCCGACUCACAUACAGGACAGCUGGACCCGAUUGGUAUUGAUUAUGGAUGAAUGAUCGGCGUCUGCAGACAGUGUGAGCGGAGUUCGGCGCGUUAAUCCAAAAGGACUCUACUUUCUUCAUCCAUCACCACCUCCUUCUCCCCCGUAAUGAAGACUCCUCUCAGCCCUUCUCAGAUCUUUGCUUUUGGAGGGAUGUGUCAAGAGCUGAUGGACACACCUACACCUACAACCAUCAGUCUCUGCACCAAGCAGGCUCCAGGUCAGGGCGGGGCCUACUCGCUGUGUGAGGUGUGUAACCUGCAGGUGACCUCUGCUGCUCAGGCCCAGCUGCACUAUAAUGGCCGCUCUCACCUCCGGAGAGUGAGACAGCUCCAGGCUGGAGAGACAGGACAACAGGCAGCAGCAGGGGCUCAGUCCAGGCCUCCUCCCCAGGCCACGGGGCUCAGCUCCCAGCCUGCAGGACUCACUCUGACCCCAGGCCUCAGCGCUCCAUCCAACACGACUACAGGAAGUGGGUGUAGCACAGCGGGCAGGUCACUGCAGAGCCUGAUAGCCACCACUGGUCCCUCGGUGAUAAUGAAACCGUUCCUGUCAUUCCCUGUUGAGACAUCGUCGCCAGUUGGACUUUUCCCAAACUUCAGCACGAUGGACCCGGUACAGAAGGCCGUCAUCAACCACACUUUUGGCGUUACCAUGGUACCCAAGAAGAAACUGAUCAUCACCUGUAAUGUCUGCCAAUUGAGGUUCAACUCUGAUUCUCAGGCUGAGGCUCAUUACAGAGGCAGUCGUCAUGCCAAGAAACUCAAGACUCAGGAGAACAAAGCCAAGGCCAAGCCGGCAAUCACUGGAGAGAUCAAUGGGAGCAGUUCUAGUCCGGCUGGCCCCACCCCUCAUGUCUCAGCUAACGGCAACACCAAUCAGCACAAACUCUUAUCCAGUUCCACUGACUCCUCUUCACUUAAACUCCUCCCCUCCUUCUGCCCUCUCUCCUCCUCCUCCCCCUCCUCUAGCAGAACAGGCAGUGAGCCUCCUCCCUCCAGUCCUCCCACAGCUCUCCCCGCCCCAGGCCUCUCUUUUUCUUCUUCUUCUUCCUCUUCUUCUUCCAAAGCCUCUCCUCCUCCUCCUCCUCCUCCAACUCCUAUCACCUCCUCUUUAUCCCCUGCUCCUCCUCCUUCCCAGGCCUCCUCCGAGGAUGCUCCUCUGUCAGUGGAGUCAGAGGAGGAGAAGGCAAAGAAGCUGUUGUACUGCUCUUUGUGUAAAGUUGCUGUCAACUCUCUUUCUCAGCUGGAGGCUCAUAAUGCAGGUUCAAAACACAAGAUGAUGUUGGAGGCUAGGAGCGGUGCUGGGCCAAUCAAGGCCUACCCUCGACCUGGAGCCAAGCUAAAGAACAGCAGCAGCUCCAGACUAAAGGGCUCCGGUCUGCAGAACAAAACUUUCCACUGCCAGAUCUGUGACGUCCACGUCAACUCUGAGAUCCAACUCAAACAGCACAUCUCCAGCAGGAGGCACAAGGACAGAAUGGCAGGAAAACCCAGCAAACCCAAAUACAGCCCUUACAACAAACAACAGCGCAGCUCACUCACUAAGGAGCUAGUGAAGCCCUCCCUCUCUACCCCCUUCCUCCCCACUCCCUUCACUCCUCCCUCUUCCUCCCUCACCUCCUCUAUCUCGCUCCCUCCCUCUUCUCUCUCCUCCUCUCCCUUCCUCAGUCCCACCUCCUCACCCCUCACCCCUGCCAUCUCCCUCCAUCCUCGCUCUCCAGCCUCCACAUCCCUCUUCACUGCUUCUUUCUUGCGUCCGGCACCUGGACCAAUCAGAGCAAGCCAAGGAUCAAUUCUCUUCACCCCCUACUGAUGGCAGCAGUAGUGGUGGGGAGUUGAACUGGUGACCUUUAACCUCUGACCUCCUCUUUGUUGGAGCUACGGGGGACAGAAAGUCCAGAAGAGACAUCAGCUCUGCCAUCAUGGCUGCAGCUGCAGCCUUCUCACCUGACUGAAACUUUGAAGAGAGACACUAAAGAGCAGAACUUCCUCCUUUUCCUCCCCUCUGGAGGAGAAAUGAACAUGUUGCUUUAAAUGAACCACAGACCUGAACCCAACCAGAACCAGAGGCUGAAAGAUUCUCAUAUAUACCAGACUAUGAAGAUUUUUUAUGAAGACAUGUAAAAAUCCUGAAAAAAUUACAGAAUGUCUAAAAUUUUCUACAAAUGGAUCAGUGUGUGUUAUCUUAAGUUGUCAUGGUGAUGCUCCAGAAUCACCCAAUAGAAAAUUUCCGCGUUAAGGAAAAUGAAGUGAAUAAGGAUAUUUACAUUUUUCUUUAUGUGACCUUUUACCAGAAAGAUCCCUGAAGUACUGUGUCAUUUAUGACAAAUGACUGUUGGUGGCACCUGAAUCUGCUGAAAAAGCUGGAUUUUUGGUUUGAUGAAAGGACAAGAACCAGAACCAGGUUUGAAGAGGAACUAGAAUCAAGAAGCAGAAUCUAAACAAUGUCAACAAUAACUGAACCUGCUACUGUUUCACUUGUGGUGAAGAUACACUGGUGUAACUAAUUAAAUUUUCAGGCUAAAAAUGCAGCUGGUGUUGACACCAGACAUGAAGUUAGACAAGAAUGUCUACACCUGGGACCCAGAACCCAGAUCAGUUUGGACGGGGUUGAUUCCCUGCAAAUAAAUUUCCUCUGAAUACAGAAGCUUCUCCUCCUCCUAGCAGAGAAAUCAAUCAGCACAAACAAAAUGGCAAAAAACUCAAGACGUCAGCCGUCACGAACAAUACUACUGCAGUUGUCUUCCCAUCAUAUUGACACUGGACCUGUGCCACAGCUGUCCUCCCUCAGACCCUCAGGCUCCUGCUUCCAUGGUUGACUCUUUCCUGACAUGCAGUAUCUCAAGCACACACACUGAAGAGAACUUCAAUGAUAAGGCUGGUGGGUUUUUUCUAAUUGACAACAAAUCCCAAAAAGGCACCCUACCCAUCUAUAAAAUGGUUUGCCUACCAUGAAAAAUCUCUGAAGGCUCUUUUAAACUUUAAAGAAAUAUAUAAUUUAGUGUUUCAAAUAAUAUUUUUGUUAAUGUCAUCUCUCUACAUUCUAGUCUCCGUGUUUUUAUACCCUUCCAGCCAAGUAUGUAAUUCUGGUGGGCACUAAAAUAUUUAAUUGUGAUUUAUUAUAUUUUGCCUAAACAUGUUUUAAUAUAUUUAGAUUAACAAAAUACCAAAGGAGCUUAAAAAUACUAAAAUGUUUAAUCAUCUAAAAUUCCAAAAAUAGUACAUCACCUCUGUGUCUUCAGUGCUAAGUGGGAAUACACCAUAUUUACCCUUUAAUGCAAACAUGUUUUAACUGUAACACAAUAGGCCCAACACAAUGAUAGGAGUCUAAACUAGCUACACAUUUUCUUUUUAUUUUAUAGCUACAUAAAAUCCAGAUUAAAAUCACUUUUAAUAUAUCUGCUUCUUAAUCCCCAAAUAAUCCAAUAAACCUUAACAAAGUUACAUCAGGGUUUAUUCAGGACAGUUUGUUGCUCGUCCUUGCCUCCUGCUGUAUUUUUGGAACUGAAAUAUGAGUAUUCAAACUCUUCUUUCUCUUUAUAUCUGAUGUCCACACGUCUGCCUGCACCUGAUGUUAGGACUCUGGACCGGGCUACUUCCUGGUUUUACAGUGAAAAAGUCCUGCCUGGUAUGAACACUGAGUGCAUGUUGGUUCUUUCAUUUAACCUUCUUCCCGCUGUCACCAAAUCUGAUCAGAGCAUUCUGGAGUUUAAAUGUUUGAGCAGAUGUUUUACUCUAAGUUUUUAUCACAAAGGACAUUUUAAAGACUCUUAGCACAUCACUGAACCUGUUCACAACCUGCAACUGCAAAUAAGCUCAAUCAGUUUCUAUGGUUGCUGAUUUUUUUUUUCAUAUUUUUUAUUUUACAUAGUAUGUUGUAAAUAUUUAAUGAAUUCUUUUACAUGACUUUAAAACAACUGCAUGUUUUAAAGUAACUCUUUAGAAUUAGUCAAAAGACAAAUAUACUGUAUAUCGAGAACUACUGGCCAGAUUUGGAUAAAAACUUUUGAUUUUAAUAUUUUCUUAAGGAUAAACUUCAUAUUUUCAGACUCUAAGAGUAGUUAAAUAAGUAGUUGUAUGUUAUGUGUGACACAAUAAUCUCAACUCAAAGGUCCACUUACUAGCUUUAUUCUGAGCUUUCAGUUGCUUCUUAGAAUCUUUUUGAGGGUAUGAGCAGUUCAGUCAUGUGAUAACUGAUGACUUUGGAUGUGAAUGUCAUCUUUGCUUUUUCUACUACUGGCCACUGACUUGAUGACCUUUGGCCUCCCACAAGUCAUCGCUGUGACAGGUUCAUAUUGUAUUUGUUGUUCAUUCAGCUUUUAUGGGACAAAAUGGCAGCUUCUGCCUUGAGAUGCCAGGAUGUUAAUCAUAAUAUUCUAUUACUGUGAUUCUGUGACAUGAUGACUUGAGAGGAAAACAAAGGAAAAACAACAACAACAAAAAUAUAUACAGUAUAUGCUGUAUAUUAAUGUGAGGUAUCUAAAUUGUUUCCUAUAAUACUUGUAUUAACAUUAGGACAAAGUACAAAUGCAGGUUUCAGUGAACAUCAGCAUUUUAACAGUGUGGUAUUUUCAUGAGUAGUGAAUGAGUCUGUGCUGUCAGUGUAAUUAAUUAUCUUUCACUGAGCCAUUUUCAUGUUGUUUUGUUUGGCCGAUAUAAUGUCAAAGAAUAUGGUGCUGUGGAGAAGUGAUUUGCAAUGGUGUAGAGACCCUACACUUUACUUUUUAUGUAUAAAUAGUCAUACGUUUUCUUAUUUAAAAAUGUAGUUUUGUUCAAGGACGUGGACCCUUUUACCCCCUACAGAAAGUAUGUUCAGGCUAUUAGGGCAUCCUGCUGAGAGGUUCCUGCUGGUCCCAGUUACACUGUGAGAUUCUCACUAACAGAUUUAGGCCAUGUGGAUGAGGCUUGAGUUCACUAAAGAAGGCUAUGAGAUGUGGUUGAAAGCCCAGAAAAGCACAUACAUGGACCUUUCAGAUGAGCAGGUACUGUAUAGAGACUGUUGGCCUGGCAUUCUCAAAAAAAAACAGCUUUCCUUGGCACUUUUAGACUUCCAUAUAAUAAAAUUAAAAUGAUCAGGUUGGUCUUUGACAGUUUUGGAAGGAUAUCUUAGAACCAAGAGGAACCGUAGAAAACACUGUAGAAAACUAGACAAAGUAAAAGACGAGGUGUAAAAUUUCCUUGUCCUCUGAAAGGACCAUUUCUUGUGAUCUCAGUCAAUGUCAGCAGCUUAGUCCCUUAUCUGCUCUGCCAUCACUUAAUGAAGGAAAAUACAAGGAAUUAAAGUGGUGAUAGUAUCUGAUUGGUUGAGUUAGAAAAGCUGUGAUUGGUCAGAGGGAUGUGGCGGUUCAUCAAAUGUGUGCGUUAUCAUUGCAUGAUUAAAAAAAAAAUCCAGGUUAUGUUUAAGACUCAAAGUGUUGUGUUGAAAUAUUUAUGUAAACAUUUUUCAGGGCUUUCUUUUUUUUCAAGGCCUAGAAAACACACAUUUCAAUUUUUUUUUUUUUUACCAGGUAUCUUAUCACCACACUUUAUGUAUAGGUUCACAUUUACUGACAGCCAGUACAUGUAAGAGGAACAAUUUCACCAACAAGUAGCUCUUGAAAUGAGCACAUAGGCACAGUAUUUCAAUAAACCUUUUUUUUAACUGAACUUAUCAUUUAAUGGAAAAAAAUACCUGUGGAUAGGUAAAUAAAUGGAUAGAUAAAUUUAACAGCUGCUUUUUUAAAUGCAAAAAAUAUAUAUCUAUUUAAUUAGUACAGUACAAACAUUUCACCUUAAUUUACAGUUUAUUUGUCUUAUGAAAUACAUAAAAAUAUUACAUUUACACAUAAAUACAAAAUGU